GGCCGCUAUUGGGAGCAAGGGCCACACGGAAGAGAAAUUAAUGUUCAAUCAAAGUCCCAGACUUUUGUGUUCAAGUUCGGAAACUGGUAGACCUUUUACUGAGUCAUCCCAUGGAUCCUUUCACUAUCAGGUCAGGCAAGCACUUUGGAUGUAGAGGGGCAAAGUACUAACUCUGGAUGGGUCUUACCCUGGAAUGAUGGCCUUGCUGUGUCUGAUGCGUCACGCCGGCAAUAAUCGAGCACCAGGUGUAGGAAAAGGGUUAAAGAUGACUUAUAAGGGCUAGAUUAGUUGAUAGAGCUUGCCUUCUGCCUAAUAGGAGACCAUGUGUUGAUCUGGAUAGGCACCCAAUUGAGGAAAUCCUAAUAUUUGGUCAGUCGUCAUGAUGGGUUGUGGGGUUCCACAUGCAAGCUACCCCGCCAAAAAUCUUCUACAUGCAAAGUUUCAAAGGUUCGACACUGACGACGCGACAAGCUAGAAACCUAUCUUAACUUUGUACAUAGAAGGAACUAUUCCGACCUCAUUCUUCGUCGCAAAACAGCACCGAAUAGAAAUUUACAAUCAUGGCUACCCCAAACCCAUUCCUUCUUCCAGCCGAUAACAACCCCACGUUGCUGCCCCUCCUCCGAGAGAACCCAGCACUCGCAUCAUCGCAAGAUGAGCAUGGUUAUUCACUCGUCCACGCCGCUGCCAGCUACAAUCAUCUCGACCUCCUGCGAGCGCUAGUCCGCGAGUUCAAUGUCGACGUCGACCUGAAAGAUGAGGACAACGAGACUGCCUUGUUUGUUGUCGAAACCCAAGAUGCGGCGCAGGUCCUCGUCGAAGAGCUCGGAGCAAACAUCAACCACCGGGGAUCAGAAGGGUUAACAGCUAGAGAAAAGAUUGAAGCGGAAGCUGAAUUUCCUGCUGUUGCGGAAUACCUAGCCAUGAUCGAAGCCAAGAAGGCCGAUGAUCCUGCCUCGACCGCAGCGGCUGUCAUGCCUGAAGUUAUCCCCCCCCCUCCAGAGGGAAUGAAGGUUACUGUUGGCACGAUGGACGAGACCACAGACAUUCCCGAGGAAAUCGACCCAGAGUUCCGAAGAAGAAUCGAGGAACUGGCUCAACGCGACGAUUUCAAUACCCCUCAAGGUCAAGCCGAGCUGCGGAAGUUGGUUGAGGAUGCUGUUCUGGGUGAGGGCGGUGUCGGGGAUGAACGAAACGUGCGAUCAAAGCAAGAUUAGGAGUUCAAUCCGACGAUUUUGUCUCCCACAUGAGAUACCUCCCGGCCGCGCUGGGUGGUCUCAGGAUAGUGAGGUCAUCACUGUUGCCAGAUACACUUCUCGAGAAGCUCGUAGCACUGAGGGAAAACCAUGUCCUCGAAGGACAAGCAACUAGCACAUCCAUGAGCAAGCCACGAAGCCACUGUGCUGACAUGAAACCCUCCCAACUCAACUUGCAGACCUUGGAUUCCUUGGGAUCGUCGCCUGGCACAGAAUACCUUGAAAGAUAGGGGUCGAUGCUGUCACGAGGCUCCACACGCGAGCUACCAAGGCGAAUGAGUGAGAGCCACUCGUAAACUUCUGUGGCAAAGUAUUCCAGAGACUCGCGAUCAUUUUCAGAGAGAACCUCUGGGUCGACAUCGAGACUUGGUUGAAGAACAGCGAUAUCCUGCGAUAUGUUGGAUGUUGAUGUACAGGCUGUGGGAGAGAACUUUUGCAGGGGAUCAGGAUUCGGGGCUUGGAAAGCAUUAGUAUGAGAUCGACAUACGGGUUUAGAGAGCCUGAUUGUGCUUACUUUGGGUUGUGCUAUUGCAGAAGAGCCAUGUCAUGGGUUGAGUGAAGACAGACCUGCAGGCAUAGAUCAGCCUGUCAUAGCCUUUGUGUCCUCGAAGCAUGGAUGGAUCUCUAAGGUUGUAUGUUACCACUUCACGAGAGUUAGCUGUUGUUCCUGGCACUUGUUAUCUGGCCACUCACCCCAACGUGGUUUUGACCCUCUCCCACCCUUUGCACCAUAUGGUUUACCAACAAGUCCUGCACGUUCAUACGUCUCCUUGUCCACGAACAUGGUUAAUAUACCUGCUAAGCGUUAGUAUAUAAUCUCUAAGGAUUUGAUCCAG